UUGAUGUCUAUUUAUUUAUAUUUGCUAAAUGACAAACAGUUUUAUUUUGCAUUUACUGAAAAAAAAAACUCCCCCUAAUAGUUAACAAUAGAAAUUUUGUGGAAUUCAGAUAUAUAGCAGCAGAGAGUAAAGUCUGGCUGUUCAUUCCGUGAUUUAAACUCCGACGAGAACGUUCGCGAUCAAUUGGCGGUACUUGGAUCGUGUCAGUUCAGUGAUUUAUUCAGAGAGCAUGCGGAACAUGUUAGUCGAACUAGCCAAGCGAUAACACAAUUAUUUGUAUGAAUAUUAUUAAAUAACAAAUAUACCUUAACAAUUAUUUUGUUGAUAAAGAUCAGUCAAGGUCAAACAACAAUAUAGUUUGCAAAAAAAUCAACAAUUUAUCUGUUGAAAUUCACAUUUAAGUGAAAUAAUUAAUAAAAUCAGUUAAAUGGUGGAAAAAACGUUUAUUUCGGAUGGUGUGAAGCGGCUGAAGAGUCUGCCAUGGCGUCAAUUAUUCUAUAUGUUUUAUAUAGAACCGAUUAUAUUCACGUUGAUUUUUUCGCACUUGCUUUCAGCCACUGUGAUGCGAAAUGAGAUUAUGUAUCAAACAUGCAAGGUUAUUUUCCAUUACAACGAGACAGAUUGCAAGCGGUUGGAUGACAAAGAGGCUGGCCCAGAGAUACAUGCCAUUGAAACUGAGAUACAAUCUUAUGUUGCCGAUAUGUUUCUUACUCGCACAUUAAUGGAAAGCAUUGUUCCAGCCAUAUGCGGCUUAUUCUCAGGAUCAUGGUCGGAUCAUUAUGGCAGGAAGCCUUUGCUGAUUACCUCGAUGAUUGGCUUUUCUGGUUCAUCGGUGAUAACAACCAUAAUUUGUGCUCUAUCCAGUAAAUAUGAGAUCAAUCCCUGGUGGUAUACACUCGCCGCAUUACCUCAUUCACUUUUAGGCGGCAUGUGCGUGUUUUCAGUGGCUGCAUUUUGCUUUAUUUCCGAUAUAACUGACAUAAAAACAAGGCCAUACAGAAUGAUAUUUAUGGAGAUGCUGUUCUUCAUAGCCCUUAGCAGCGGUUCCCUAUUGUCUAGCUAUGUUUAUGCUGCUACUAGUGCAGCUGUCACUCAAGGCAUCUCUGCUUCGCUUAUCACUGCGGUUACCGUCUAUAUCAUAUUCUAUUUACCCGAGAGCUUGCACAUACGUGAAGAACAAGAAGCGAGAGAAGCGGAAUUGAAAAGUGUAGCUAUUGAAUGCUCUGAUAAAAUAGAUAAUGAUGAAAAGCAAGAGAAGGCCAAAGAGAAAGAUGAGGAUGAGAAAAAAGCUUCUGAUUCGGAUGAGUUAAAACAGAAGCCAGAAAACCUCGAAGUCGAAACGGAAACAAAGAAGGCAGGUCUGUUUAGUCUUAUGCAUUUGAAGGAGAUGCUAAUAACAUGCUCGAAGCCUCGUGAAUAUAAUGCCCGUGCAAUUAUUUGGCUGGUGACAUUGGCUAUGUUUGUGACCAUGUUCGUUGGGGAUGGUGCUAUGGGUGUCAUGUAUUUGUUUGUCCGCCAAAAGUUCCAUUGGUCAAUAAGAGAGUUUACGUUCUUUGAGACUGUUAGUCAACUGGUGCCCAUGAUUGGUGCACUCGUUGGUUUUCUCAUACUGCGCAAGGUAUUUGGCUUAUCUGUGGUAGUUUUGGCGCUGUUAUCUCUUGGCUCGGAGAUAUUGAACAAUCUGGCCAAGGGUUUUGCUGACCUGCCUUGGCACAUGUAUUUAUCAAUUGCUCUGGGAGUAUUUAGAUCCAUUGGUGGUCCCAUGUGCCGCACUAUUGUUUCCAAUAUAGUGCCUGCUUCAGAUUUGGGUAAAAUAUUCUCCAUUAAAAAUGUGCUUCAAUCCUUUGCACCUUUCGUUGCUGCCCCGCUUUAUACUUUCAUUUAUCAGAACACAUUGGCCUUUUGUCCAGGCCUUUUCAAUUUUCUUAGCGCAGCGCUAUUCUUGGUGGCAUUUGCGGCCAUUGUCGGUGUUCUGCAUAUAAAACUUAAGCACAAGCAACAUUACGAGGAAUCGCUAAAGUAAUCCUAAUGAUUACAUAAAUGUAUCGACAAAAAAAAGUAUACACAAAGUCCUUCCGAUAUUAAGAAAAGUUGAACACACAUUAUUAGUGCUCAAAGCAGUGCUAAGUUUAUUAAAAAAAUCGUGAAGUGACAACAAAAUGUUUUAAUUUUCAUAUUUUUCUGCUUAAACUAUUAUUACAUUUUCAAAAUGAUUACGACGCUUCCACCAAUAUCCAUAGGUACAUUCAAUAAGCAUGACAAUCACGCUCAGUAAUAACCCAGAGCAAUACAUUUGAAACCCAAAUGUAAAAAACAAAAGAGUUAGAGGUUUCGACGAAGGUUAUUCGUACGGUGCCUGUUGAAUAAUAUUUGCCUGCUUUAACUGUUGUAAUCCCAUUCGCAUCCAUUUCUCAGUUAGUCCUGACUUUGUUGCAUCGUUAAUAAAAUCCGACAAAACCGUGGCAAGCCCCUGAUCCUGUCUUAUAGGUAGUCGUAGAAAUCGAUGUAGGGUGCACAAACGUUCAGGUUCUAAUUUUAAUUUGGGGCGCCACAAACGCUGUUGGAUGAACUCAAUUAGUGCAAAUCUGUGUGACUCCAUUAGGUAUACGUAACUAUCAUUAAGUGAGCUCAAAUGACGAUCAAGAAUUUCUUGAUUCACAGAAAACAUACGAUCCAUUAACUCUCGAGGAAUGUAUUCCAUUUUUAAGACUUCUUUCAUCUGAUCGUGGGUAACCAUGAUGCUUAUGUUAUUUGCCACAAACGAUUCAAUGUCUACAAUUUUGGGCAUAUAAAUUCCCGUUGUCAAAAUCAUAGCUAAAACGCUGCUAAAAGCAGUUGUUAUAAGUAAAUUGUAGAUGAAUGUGUUUAUCACCAGUAUCUUUUCGGUAACGCCCAUGUGACUAAAUACUCUAUGGGGAAGGGUUUGUCCCCAAAUUACUACAACUGCAGCGUAAAUCAAAUUACUUACAGAUAUAUGUGGACUUAUCAUCCGUUUGAUUAGUACCACAGCAAUAAUAUAAAAGAUCGACAACGCUUUUAGGGUCGAAUUUCUAAAUACAAAAUAAUAAUAUUCAGAUGGAGACACCGGUCGCAUGUAAGGAACGACUAGACAAUAUUUUGUGGACAUCACUUGUGGACUAUAUAGGGCCAACUCAUUGUUGGAUACCAUAUUCGCACCAAUAUCAAUGUUUUUGUCUGCAAUGAGACACUGUUUGAUGACAAAGUAAUUACUUCCAUUCGAAUGAUAUAGAAUAUCCAUAGUUCCGUUAAUAAAACGUAUAAAUUCAGUCAAUAUAAUGCCAGUUUGGCCACAAAGUUUAAGAUUGUUGCUAGUUAAGUCACGCUGUUCCGAUGAGUUUAUCUGAAAAAUAAUGUAUGUUAGGACCAAUUUUUGUAGCUAAAUAUAUGGCAAAUUUUGAAAUAUAGAAAUGGUUAAAUGGUUCUGAUAUAAUAACUGAUAUUUGCAUUUUUUGAGAUUGUCAACGUCCGAUUGUUUUACUGCAUAUAUUUCAACAGUAUCCUUCAUAUCAUCUGACCUAAACGUAUAUUCAUCGUCAAUUUGGCCAGUUAUGAUCACAUUGUAGAAACCAGUUGUCGUACACCAAUUAAACAAGGCGGUAAUGUCAUCAUAUACAAGAGGUAAACCAUUUUUCGAUUUGUAAACAAAUAAAAUCGGAAUAAAAGAUAUUUUAUCCAAUGUGGUGUUAACCGCAUUCAAAAUAGGAUCGUGUACACCACUGUAGACAACCACCGCUAAAUUGUAUGAAUUGAUAAUUUUAUAAAGUGGGCCUGUUUCACUCCCUGCCAUAAUCAUUGAACGUCCAGUGAACUCCAUUAUACGUUGUUGGAGAGAUGGAGAAAUUAUAGAUGUUAUAUCCUCGAAGUAUUUCGCAAAUAACACAAUAUUCUUAAAGUGAAAAAGGCUGUCAUACUUUGAAAUUAUUCCAAGAAUGUUCUCAUAUUCCGUACUAGUUUCAAAAACAGGUUUUUAAAAACUAUGGCUUCCAUUUAUUGUAGCCAGAAUACAGCAGCUGCAGAGAAAGAAGCGAACGCUCUGCAUGCUUGCACUUUUUCAACUGUAGUCCACAUCAUUGAGGACCUGCAAUCUGUGUUUGUAUUGCAAUUAUAAUAAGACAAAAGGUUAUAGUUGAGUGGCUUGACUGUGAGUUACCCUCGACUCAUUUUUCAUCAAAAUUAAAACUGUACGGUAUUAUCAUUUAAAUAUUGCAAAUUAAUAUACCGAACAAUUUGUAUAUAUACUAACAUAUAUAUUUGGUAUAUUGAAAUAUUCCGACAUUCAAAAAAUAUGAUAAAGAAGAAAAUAUACAAAAUUGUCAAUCGAAGUAAUUAAGAGUCAAGAGUAGUAGCUAUUUUUUGUCAUAUCAAAUUAUUAUAUAAUAACGUUUGAGAUUUUUAUUGCAACUAAGUUUUCCGGACUCACAAGGCUUUAUUUUUGUAUGGUCUUUAGCUUUGAAACAUCGAGGCACGGAAGUAGGUAGCAAAAAUCUAAAACAAGCUUGAUCUGCAUACUUUAAAGCAAGGGCUGCCAAAAAUUAUAACUCUGUCUCUCUUAUCGUCUCUAUGAUCUAGGUGAUUAUAGGUACAGACUGCUAUUAACGCUGGUAAAGAAUAUAUAUCCUUUAUGGGGCGGAGAAGGCUCAUUUUGCUAGUUAUUUACAAUUCCUGUUGGGACCUUUUGAGUAACGGUUAAGGUCUUACCUAAUCAGCACAACAAAAUGUACCAAGUCUUAUUGGAAAUUCCUCCUCCUUUAACAAUUUUGUUUAUUAUGUUUAUGUUUAUUUUAAAUAUUUUAAUUGCCAUAAAAAAAAAAUUAAAUUAACACAUAUUUGCUCGGGACAUGUAAUAAAUUGUAAUAAAUUCGCUUAUUUGCAAU